AUAGCUGUGAAAGGAAUGAUUGAUUAUCUGUUGCAUUAGCAGCAGGAGAGAGACUGCAGGUCACUCUUUAGCUAAAGUGAUAUAAUUUAGCUCUUAAAAAAAAAAAAAAAAGCCAGAUAUGCACAGUUUUUUGCAUCUCUCUAAAUAAACGUUAGCCAAAGACUGCAUUUGAAAUUAUGAGAUACAGAUUGUCAUACAGGCUGUAGCUGAUGAUGUUCCAUACUAUAAUGUUGAUACACUAUGCUUUUAUGUCAUUUAUUUCCAUAACAGAAAUGUGAUCAUAGCUUGAUUCAGAAGGCAAUCAGCCCAGCAGUUUGUCAUUGUGUCUUUAGGACUCCUUGCCAGUAGCAAACCAGCUGUCAAACAGAAGUUGUGUUGCUCCUAAAUAAAACAUUUUGCAUCUGAGAAGUUCAAAGCCACUUUUCCAAAUUAUUUCAUGAAGAGAUCUGUUCCCCACCGUCUCCUCCCCUGAGCAAAUAUGGUUUCAGCAUCAGCAUUAAGCGUGCGUUACUAAUGCGUGCCCUAGUUAGCUGGGAUGUAAAAGAGAUCUAUUGUUUUAAAAUAUACUUUUUUUCCCCAUGGGCUAUUACUUUCACCCUUUGUUUCCUGAGAUCCUCUACGUACUCACUGCUGGCAGAUUUUACGUUUAAAGUGAGUAGCUAAUGCUUGACUUGAAAAGAAAGGAUGAAAUAAAAUAGACUUACAACUUGAGCAAAGGAGCUGUGCAGAUAGGGGGAGAGUGCUGGACACGCGUUCUUAGCCAAGCAUCCCUUGCUGGGAAGCAGCUGUAAUUUAGCUGCUCAUAUAUAAGUAGUCAGUCUCCAUGCAGCUCGCCUUCUGUCCUAACUUUGCUUUGACAGUGCAGUAUUGGGGUUGCUUUACCGUGCAGUUGAGAUUCCUCUCCUUAUUUUUAUAUAAACUUUUAAUUUCUAAACAAACCUGCAAGUAGCAAAAGACGAGUGGUGUUUCACUGAUUAUUCAGAUUAAUUGAACUUUUGGGUCAACCAUCUAAAAAUCCAAAGGAAUGUGUAUUUGUUUCCUGAAAGAAAAACUUGUUAUUACAUUUUAUAGUCUAAAUGAUUAUUUGUUUUAAUUAACAAUGAAAAAAGUUUGCGUCUUCAUCAUGCAAGUAACUCAUUAACUGCUCAAGCCUCCUUUGCAAGUUUGGAUACAAUGGGAUAUUUCAUGUGCUUGAUCUGCAUGUUGAUAACAGGGGUUUGCAUGUAGAUCAAAAGAAUGAUACAACCCUGCAUUGUCAGAACUCUGCCACAGCAUCCAGCAAAUGCUUAUUUGGAAGGCAACGCUUGGCUUCCCUCCAAAGGCUUAAUUCUAACAAUCAGCUCAAAACCAGCCUGCAACCUACCACUUUUCCCAUUGAUAUGUUUGUGCGUACAGACCUACCUUUGACCUCUCCCGGUUUGUUUUGUUGCAGUAAACACCUGAAAUUUGCCCAGCUAAUACAAUAGCUCUGUACUUUUUGACAAAAAAGCCUGUGGUUAACCUCUGUGGGCUGCAUUCUGCAAUGAAAUGAAGGGUGGUAGAAGUUAAACAAUGGGUGUGACUACCACAAGAUGAGUGUUAGUGGGAAAGUGGUGUAACAUCCACUUAGCAUUCCAGAGAUGUGAAAUAUAAUUAUGAUUUAAAUGCCAAAGAUGUAAGUUGCAAGAUGAGUAAUUACAAGGACAUGAAAGCCUCCCUUAUCUUCCUUUCUGUCCCACUCAGAAUCAUUUUGCACACCCACAAAACUAAUACAAGUAGUGUCACUUGACAAAAUUACACCUGAUACAUGACUUGUACCGUCACUUACAUUUCUGUAGGUGUGGGCUCUGUUUAUACCAAAGAAAAAAACCUCCAAUCUCAUUUACAACAUUUUAAGUUGGAAGUAAUUUUGCUCGCGGUGGAAUUAUUCCCUAUUUACACUCCCCCUCAGAUCAGAAUCUGACCCAGGCUUUGAAUUUUGUUCUAUUUGCUCUCAUCCUUCCCUGUGAUAGAUGGCAGUCCCCUGUCUGUGAAGGGCUCCUCAUCUCUUCGUUUAUGUAUCUUUGCAGAAAUGCUUUAUGAGCAGGUCUGUAACAUUAGAAAUUGUUGACUAAAUGAGCCACAGGAGCAGCUGCUUGCUGAGUAUAUAUGAAAAGCUGCUUAAUGUCUUUUACAUCAUCUAGCAUAUGUGGGAAGGAGAGCAAUAAUGCAAAAGCGCAGCCCAUGGCUACAUGAGGGGCUACACAGUUCUCUAUCAGUUCCAACACCGAGAAAUUAAAGAAAGAAAAAAAAAGUUCUAGGUGGGGGAGCAGAAACAACUAGUGGGGAAGAAAAAUGUAUUCGUCCUAAACUUUUAAACAAAAUAUUUAUAAACAGAUUCACGGUAUGUUAAAAUCCAAAAGCAACAGGUACGAUUACAGCUCUGAGCAAAGGGCAUGCACUGUCCCAAGUUGUGGCCCUGGAAAUUGUCCGAUGCAUAAAUCAGAAUUUAAACCUGUGUUUUAAACACUUUUUCCCCUGACAUUAUUCCUCUCAUUUUCUUUAUGGAUUACAUGAAAACCUAAGCUGAAAGCUUCUAGUGCAGUACCUUUUAUUAGCUGUCAGCAGGGAACAAAAAGCAUUACCAGCUCCACCAGAGGUGACACCUUCCAAUAAAAGCGGAGGGGUGAGGCCAGGAGGGGCUAGAGAUGACACCAGUUACUCGACAAGAAGUGCUUGGCCUUUACCGCAAGAUAUUCAAAAUAGCCAAAAAAUGGCAAUCGGCAUCAGGACAGAUAGAAGAAACUAUUAAAGAGAAAGAGUACAUUAAAAAUGAAGCCAAAACACUAUUCCGAAAAAACAAAAAUGUAACAGAUCCAAAGUUGAUUAAGCAGUAUAUAGAAGAAUGUGAGGCAAGAAUAGAGAUUGGACUUCACUAUAACAUCCCGUACCCAAGACCUAUCCAUCUGCCUCCUAUGGGUCUUGCCCAUAAACAAGGCCGUACAUUGCGACACCAGGAAAAGUUAAGGAAGAUUUCUAAGCCAAUAUACUUGAAAUCCCAUGAUGAAGUUUCAUAACCCAUGAUUUAAGCUGUGAUAUGUAAUCACAUCAUUUAAGCUGUGGACUGCAAUCCAGGUGAUUUGUGUGCACAACUGUGAAUGAAGUUGUUUUGGUCACUUGCUCGCACAUUUCCUGAGACCAAAAAGCUAACUGAUGCAUUGCAUAUGAUGGAUAAAGGUUGGUCUAGUAUUUAUUACAUUUCAACCACUGACUCACCAAUAAAAGUAACACUUUUCAAGGA